AUGUCUUCCCCUCGCGAACAACUUUUACAAACUUUAGCAGAAGCAGCUUCACAACAACCGGAGCGAAUAAAAGUUGCUGAGGCACAGCUUAAACAAUGGGAGGUGGCUCCAGAAUUUUACUCUACAUUACUGGAUAUUAUCAAUGACAAAACUAUUGAUGUGAAUGUCCGAUUCUUUGGAGUUAUAUUUUUCAAAAAUGGUAUAGAUAAAUAUUGGCGUAAAACUGCAAAAAAUGCUAUCAACCCCGAAGAAAAAGCAAAGAUUAGAAAUCAACUUUUGUCUUUUAUGGACGAAAGUCAUAAUCAACUUGCGACUCAAAGUGCAGUUCUAGUCUCCAAAGUUGCUCGCUAUGAUUUUCCUAACGAUUGGCCAAGCCUUCUUCAAAAUUUGCUAUCUAUUAUUCAUUCAACGAUAAUUGUAAAUGCUGAUCCUCGUUCAAUUUUAAUACAAAAGAGGGCAAUAUUAACAUUACAUUUAGUAGUAAAGGCAUUAUGUUCAAAAACAUUUGGGCCAGAUCGGAAAGUCGCGCCAGAAUUACUUCGUAAUGUUGCUAGUAUUUAUGUAGAGCAUACCAAUCGGUUCUUCAAUAUGAUUUCAACUUCUAAUGAUAUUGGAAAUGCAAUGGACUUAGAAACAUCAUUAAUUGCAUUGAAAUCUAUUAGACGUUUAAUUGUUCACGGUUUUCAAGAUAUUAGCAGAGUUGAUGAGACUAAGGCAUUCUUUGUUUUAGCUUUUGAUCAUUUACAAAAGUUUUAUACUUUAAGGAAUUCGUUUCAGGAUACAUCAUCCCCAAUUUUUAAACUUUUAGAUUCCAAAGUUAAUUUAAUUGGGAAAUUUUACGUCGAAUUACAAAGAUUGCGUCCCGUUUCUUUUAUAAUGACUCCAGGAUCUAGAGAUGUAAUUAAGUAUUAUUGGCAAUUGCUUGUUAUACAUAGUAAAUCGUACGAAACAG